CUCCGGUUUCAGCGGCACGCGAAACUAGCAAAGCCUCCACUUCUUAAAGCACUCAGCAGUAGAGAGAAGUAGUCUCGUAACCACCAGAGAGCACGAUGCUUGGAUUCCCAGCAUGCACCAUCCUCGUCUGUCUCCUCGGCCAGCUCUGCCAGCUUGCAGAGCCGGCAGCCUCUGAAGCCCCGACGGAGCUGAUUGGUGCCUUUGGUGGAAAUGUGACUUUCCCUCUGAACGACUUACCAAGGCAGAUUGACACCAUUGUCUGGUUCUUCAACUCAAACACUCUCCUCACCAUACAGCCAAAAGACACUCAAAAGCCAAAAGACACUUUUAUAGUGACCGAAAGUCGUAACACAGGAAGGGUGGACUUCUCAAGUAUAAACUACUCCCUGAUCCUCAAAAAACUGAUGAAGAACGACUCAGGUCCCUAUAACGUGAAGAUACACAGCUCAUCCCUCCAGAACCCCCUCAUCCGGCACUACAGGCUGCGUGUCUAUGGGCACGUGUCACAGCCGAAGGUCACCCCAGAACACCAGAGCAGCGAGAAUGGCUCCUGUGUCACCAACCUGACAUGUUCUGUAGACCAGGAAGAUGAGGGUGUGACUUACAGCUGGAUAUCCCUGGAAGAGGCAAACAAUGAGGUCCAUAAUGGCCCUGUCAUCUCCAUAUCCUGGAGGCGAGAAGAAUGGAACAGGACAUAUAAGUGUGUGGCCAGGAACCCCGUGAGCAACAGUUCUUCAAACCCCAUUGCUGCCUGGAAGCUCUGUACAGGUGCUAUUGGUAAACCACUGUCCUUCGAGGUCCUGGGUGUGAUCUUAACUGUUGCCUUGCUACUACUGGUGCUUGUUAUUUUCGUCAUACAUCAAAAAAGAAAAAAAGAGUCUACUGGAGAGGAGAAAGGGACUGGUGUUCAUCACGGAGUUCCUAGCCAUGGCCACACUCCUGGAGAGGUCCCAGAAUAUGACACGGUCACUUUCCCCCCUAAUACUGUUCCAGAGAAAAAUUCACCAAAUACACUUUAUUUCACUGUGCAAAUACCCAAAAAGGUGGACAAACCCCACACCCUGCCCGAGACAGCCCACACACCACGGUCAUUUGCCUUUGAGAAAGUCAUUUAAACAUCCACGUGCUCCCUCACACCUCACCCCACGGAAAAUGAUACAAAUAAUUCACUCGACUAGAAAUAUCAAGGAAAAGUCAGGAACACUGCUCUCCUUCCAUAAUUAACCAUGGUCCCUGAUGAAACCUCAGAUUUAAGAGCUUCUAAUUCUAAGCACAUGUGAGAAAUCUCAACCAUGUGACUGUGAAUGUGUCAUUAUCCCUUCCUGGCAAUGUGACUGUGGAUGUAUCUGUUAACCCUGCUUGGGGAGCUUGGGCGCAUCCUGUUGCUAUGUGAAUGUGGCAUCACCUAUGUGAAGGAUGAAGGAUGGCUCCUGCCCCAACACUGGAGGUGUGCAAUGUACCCGUGGUCAGAUUGCAACAGGACAAGAACAAGGACCAUGCCCCAGCUUCCUUCUUGUGCUGAGAGGGGUCCAGGCCCACGCUGGACAUUCAGGGAAGAAACUGAAUCUACAGACAAAUUUUAAGUCUGUCAUAGGAGACUUGUAGCUUGUCACUUGCAAACCUUUAAAGUCCUUUUAUUUAUUUAACAAAUAUUUUAUGAGAAGCUCUGCCAAACCUUGGCAAAUAAGACAUGAUCCCCACCCCCUGUGAGGAAGCAUGGAUAAGGGGUAUGCAGGGGAGAGGGCUGCCUUUGAUGUGUUUCAAAAGAGCUGCCUCCACUGAAGGAGGUCUGUGAAGAAGGAAGCUGCUGCCCUGCAGAGGAAGAGAGGUGGUGAAAAGAAGCACCUGCAUAGCCACAGGUGGGAAGAAAGACUGCUGCCUUAUUGUGGGAGCAGUGUUAGGUUUUGUCAUCUCCUUCCAGUAGGGGAGGAGCUCGUUUUUGUGGGUGGAUGGUCUGUGCUCCUUACACUCCCUAUAGCAGUCUGAUAGUUUCUGAGUUUUGCACAUACUGAUCUGGGCAUUGAUGUCUAAGGGUCUUGGGUUCAAUAACCAGAUUAGUGGCUUACGCUGAGCCCCUCUACUCCUACCUCCGUGUGAGUUAGAUUCUUGAUCUAGUAUCUCCUUUCCAGUUUUUCUAUUCUUAUCCUCCAUCAAAAGGAUAGAGCAGGAAACAGCCCCUGGGAGGCUGAGCUGCUCCAUGAAAACCUAUGUGGGGGCCUACCUGGUGGCCCAGAGGGUUGAGCGCAGCACUGUGAAGCUGUCCGCAGGAGGCACC